AUGCCGCACGCCGCACUCAACCACGUGCUGGGGCCGCUGCCUCGCCCCAGCGCGCUCUCCUCUCCGCAAGGCUCUCAGCAGCAAAACGAUGGGCAACAGCAGCAGCAGCCGCAGCAGCAGCAGCAGCAGCAGCAGCAGCAGCAGAAGAAAGCGUCUUCCGGUGCAGCUGACUCGUCUGACGAGACUCUGGUGCUCCUGCAUCACCCAAGUUGGCUCAACUCGCCGCUCUACACCUAUGGGUGGGGGAUGGGGAGAGGAGGUGGGGGGGUGGCCGCGGCGUCCCCUCUUACUAACCCUCACAUCCCCACCCCCAAUCAACCAACCCCCUUUAACCUCACCCCCCAUAUCAACCGCCCCCUAGAACCGCACUCCCUCCCCCCCUUUCUUCCUCCAGACCCCUCCCCACCCACGAUGGUCCCUGUACAGUCCUUCACAGGUGGGGCUGCUGGUCACAGGUGGGGCUGCUAG